AUGGAGCCACAGCACCCACAGCGCUCUACCCCAGCCCCAGACCAAGGCGACCAAGGCGCAAAAAAGAAGCGUAGGCGUAUCCACCUCAACUGGAUGGCCCACAUCUGCCCCAACCAAGUAUCUAAAGUCACGCAGCCCAAGAGUGUGACUAUUGCCGAGCUCACGAAACGCGUCCAGUGUCUCGAGGACGCGUUACGGCGGAAUGGCCUCGCGCAUGAACUUGAGACCGUGGGAGGAGACGCGACCCCACGCGGCCCACCAGAGAGUAGCGAGACGGGGUCCUCGCCAGGAGGCCAAGUCGAGAGUGGCAUGGUCAUGGCCGCCAUGCUCGGCAAGCUGGCGCUCGGUCACAUCGGCACCAAGCGGUAUCCGGGGAUGGAAACGACAGCGUUCUACCUCUCCUCACCUAGCGAGAGCGAGGACGAGGAGAGCGAUGGCGACGGACGUACCCGCUCGCGGCGCGCUGAUGCCGAACUCUGGCGCCCGCCCUGGGGAACGUCGCGCGGCAUCUCUCUCACAGGGAGAGGCCACCAUCUUCCAGGCGUGUUGCUGGACCGGUGCCGUGCCAUGCUAUGUUCGCGUCGAGCAGCCAAGGACAUGUUUGACCAGUUUUUUGAGGUCACGAGCUGGCGUAUCCAGCCCAUGACCCCUGGCUUCUUCGACAUGGUCCUCGCGAGCGUGUACGACUCGCCAGAGGGUGCCCACCCGCACGACCUUGCCGUACUGUUCGCAACCCAGGCCAUGACGAUGCUUUUCGAUGCUGAUGCGGCGGCGGCCGCUCCUGGCUUCCAGGCAGUUGACUACCACCAGACCGCGUAUUCUUGUCUGGUGGCUGGCAACUUUUACACCGAGACGACAUUGUCGUCUCUCGUCUGUCUCCAUUUGCUGGGUAGCUUCCUCAUCAACUCGGACGACAAACGGCUUCCGGACGGCAUUUUUCCCAUCAUCGGCCUCGCCGUUAGACUUGCUGUUAUUGCUGGAUACCACCGCGAUGCGGCGCCCACGCACCUCUCCCCGGCCGAGAUCGACUGGCGCCGCCGUAUCUGGCACGAGUUACUGGCGCUUGAGCGUGUACACUGCCUCACUGCCCUCCUCCCGGGCUCUAUCAGCACCAAGCACUACGACACGCCGUACCCAUCGGAUGCCCACCGCGAGGGCUACUUCUGGUGGAAGUGGAACCUCGGGCGGCACAUGGCGCGCGUGUUCGAUUACUGGACACAGACCGAGACACCAGACUAUACCGCCGUGCAGGACAUUGAUGCCGGCCUCCGCCGCUUCCUGCACACCCUACCGCCCCACUUGCGCUGCUCGACGUUCCCCAUUGGAGCGUUCCCUCUCAGUCGGCCCGGCGCACCGGCUGUAGUCGUGUCUCCGGCGCCAGCUCCUACGCCGUCGCCCCCCUCCGCCAACUCCGACUACCCCAGCACUAUCUCGUCUGAGCGCCUCACCCACCAGCAGUACCGUAUGGCGACCCACAUCUGCAUGGUCUUCUUCUACUUGCACCGACCGAGCUUCAUGCGCGCCCUUGGGGCCGGUGACACCAACUGCGAACUGAGCGUACGCACCGUUGUCGAAGUGUGCGAACGCAUGCUCGAGCUCGUCAAGGGCAUCCUAACACAUGACCAGAGCAUGUCGCGGUGGUUUUCCUUCGCCGCCGAUCUCUUCUCCGUCCUCCUGUGCCAAACCGUGCUCGUUGUUAAGACGACUGACCCUGCUCUCGCACAGUCGCGUAUCGCUGUUCUCGAAGAAGGCCUCGCCGUGCUGGAAUGGACCGCGAGACUGAGACCAAACUCGAAGAACCGGGCGCUGGUCGGCCGCACGCGUCGCCUCGCCGCCAAGGCGCGCGAGGCCGUCGCCCGCCUCCCCGCGAACAACGCAACUGCCGCGAUUAAUGGCUUCGGCUUGGGUGUGCCAGGCGAGGUUGCCCCUGUGGACGCAGGAUCCGGAAUACCACUCCACGCAGUCCCAGAUUUCACCGUCCCAAGUAUCCCGUUCUUCGACUUUACAGUUCCCAAGAUCGAGCCCGACCUCGAUCUCGGCGCAGUGUCCCUACACCUGACCCCCGAUCUGAACAUGAUUGCUUCAACACCUUCAGACGGUUCUGGAGCAUCUGGAGCAGGUCACGCGACCACGGUGCCCUGGUCCACCACUCAUGGCGGGAUGGAGAUGCAGGCGGAACCGAGCUUUUCCAUGCCUCUAGCCCCGAGCACCAACGACGACCAGUUUGACGCGUGGCUGGCCAUGCUGUUCCCAAGCGGCAGCGAAUCGGUCGUUGGGGACGUUGUUGGGGACGUUGUUAGGGACGAAUGGAUGAACCCGAGCUGGAAUGCGGGCAACCCUACUUAG